ACUCCAGUCUGCACAGCCAGAGAGGUUUCCCAGCCGGCUCUUGUCCUCCGCACCACCAUUCCCAGAGACCGCCCUCACAGCCUGAACGACAAAUCACCCCUUGGUUCAGCCGUGAGUCAAGAACGAAAUGAGCAGGUUGCCUACCGCGGCCCCUGCAAGGCCUUGGCUAUGACCACGGCCUCUUGGGCGAGCCCAGACGCCUCCUCGCUCCCGCACCGUAACCGGCGGGCCGCCCCAUCGACACAUCAGGCCCUCCUCAACCCGGAGGCACCAUGGGGAGCGUCAGCAGCCUCAUCUCCGGCCACAACUUCCACAGCAAGCACUGCCGCGCUUCCCAGUACAAGCUGCGCAAGUCCUCCCACCUGAAGAAGUUGCACAGGUACUCGGACGGGCUGCUGCGAUUCGGCUUCUCCCAGGAGUCCGGCCACAGCAAGUCCAGCUCCAAAAUGGGCAAGAGCGAAGACUUCUUCUACAUCAAGGUCAGCCAGAAGGCACGGGGUUCCCACCGCACGGACUACACCUCGCUGUCCGGCGGGGAGCUCGGGGGCCAGGCCGGGAUGGACUUCGGCUCGGCCACGCCGCCCAAGCUCAUGCCCUUCUCCAACCAGCUGGAAAUGGGCUCGGAGAAGAGCGUCGUGAGGCCAACAGCGUUCAAGCCCGUGCUGCCCCGAGGCGGGGGUCUCCUGCACUCCUCCCCGGAGAGCGCCGACCACCAGCUGCACCCCGCUCCUCCUCCGCCACCUCCUCCGGACAAGCCCAGAGAGCAGGAGCCGAAGCCCGCGCUCUACUCCGGGGGCCUGUCCGACUCGGGCCGCAACUCCAUGUCCAGCCUUCCCACCCACAGCACCAGCAGCAGCUACCAGCUGGAUCCCCUGGUGCCCCUGAACCGCUUCGGGGGCUCCGCCCACAACAUCACCCAGUGCGCGGUCCUCCAGGACAGCAACAUGAUGAGCCUCAAGGCCCUGUCCUUCUCCGACGGGGGCAGCAAGAUCACCCAGCCGGGGAAGGGGGCCGGCCGCCGCCCCGCCGCCGCCGCCGCCGCCACCACCUGCGUCCGCUCCCCGCUGUCCACGGACGAGUGCGCGAUCCUGGAGCUGGAGCAGAAGCUCCUGGAGCGGGAAGGGGAGCUGCGGGAGCUGCAGUGCAGCCUGGAGGAGAAGGAGCUGGCCUCCUGCCAGGCCUACGAGGAGACCCAGCGGCGCUGCACGGAGGAGCUGGAGGGGCUGAGGCAGAAGUGCGGCCACAAGCUGAAGCAGGCCUCCCAGAAGAGCCAGCGCACGCAGCAGGUGUUGCACCUCCAGGUGCUGCAGCUGCAGCAGGAGAAGCAGCAGCUCCGGGACGAGCUGCAGACCCUCGCCAAGGAGCGGGAUCUGCUGGAGACCAAGCUGAGGUCGUACGAGGAGGAGAAGACCAGUUUGGGCCCGGCCCUGGAGGAGACCCAGUGGGAGGUGUGUCAAAAGUCCGGCGAGAUCUCCCUCUUGAAGCAGCAGCUGAAGGACUCCCAGCUGGAGGUCACCACCAAGACCAACGAGAUCCUCAGCCUGAAGGCCCAGCUGAAGGAAUUGCGCGGGAAGCUGGAGGGGCUGGAGCUGAAGACCCAGGACCUGGAGAGCGCCCUGCGCACCAAGGACCUCGAGCUCGAGGUUUGCGAGAACGAGCUGCAGCGCAAGAAGAACGAGGCGGAGCUGCUGCGGGACAAGGUCAGCCUGCUCGAGCGGGAGCGGCGGGCCGAGGCGGCCCUCCAACAGGAGCGCCGGGACGAGGGGCGGGACCGGCUCCCGGGCCCGGGGGGCUUCCCGGAGGAGAUCCCCACCCUCCAGCGGGAGGUCGACAGGCUGCGGGCCGAGCUGCGGGAGGAACGGCAGGGCCACGACCAGAUGACGUCCUGCUUCCACCACGAGCGGCAGGUGUGGAAGGAGGAGAAGGAGCAGGUGAUCCACUACCAGAAGCAGCUGCAGCAGAGUUACCUGGCCAUGUACCAGCGCAACCAGCGCCUGGAGAAGACCCUGCAGCAGCUGGCGCGGGGAGAGGGCGGGGGCGAGCCCUUGGAGAUCGACAUCGAAGGUUCCCAGAAGCAAACAGCAGACCUUCCAGGCAGCCGGACUGCUCAGAGCUCUAUUUUUGCUUCUAACUGCAGCUGCUACCCCGUGGCAGCCGACUAUUUUCAAAUCUGUGGAUGCCUAGUUGCCACCCAGAGAAAUGUUCUUAGAGUCAGCAUGAAACUGGGGAGUUUGGAUUUAGGUUCCCCGGUAUGGAGGAGGAGGAGAAGGUUAGAUGUCAGGCCUGGUGUGUCCAGAGAACUUCCUGUCCUGCCACUCUCCUCAGCCUCUUUUCUGGACCACAAAAUGUGCCUUUCUCCCCAAGAGUCAGAAAAAGGACUCCUGUUCCCGGGACCCCUCCACACCUCUGUGUCUCUGGUGCCGGGCACCGUCUCCACACUGGGCAUGGCUGCCCAGUCCGGCUCGGUGUUCCCCACUGCUGUCCAGACUAACAUAGUCCCUCUCCCAUCAAGGGCACCUGGAAGUUUGACACUCACUUUGGAAAAUUAUCGUCUAGAGACCAAAUCUGGACCUUAAAACCCACAGGCAUAAAGAUACUACUGGCAGCUCCCGGCAAAUCAGUCAUAUUUAUCAUAUUUAUUGAGUACUUACUGUGCACCGAGCCCCGUACUAAGCACUUGGGAGAGUACCACAUAACAGAGUUGGUAGACACAUUCCCAUUGCAGCCCACUCCCGAAUUUAUCCAGUUCCAAAAGAACUAGUCAUGAAUAGGGAACAUGUCUGCUAAUUCUGUACUCUCCCGAGCCAUUAAUAUAGUUCUGUGCACAUCCUAAGUGCUUGAUAAACACCAUAGAUUGAAUUCUGGUGUUGGAGCUCUUUAGCAAAUAGCCUCUCCUCCCAAACGCUGAGCCCCUGGCACCUUUCAAACCAGCCUGUGCCACCCCAUUUGUCUUUUGCUGUCGUUUCCGCCCCUUAGCGAUGCCACGGCUCCGUCUCGCCCAGAACUCCCCACCUCCAUCUGCAGUCGUUUUGGUGGUGUAUCCAUAGAGUUUUCUUGAUAAAGAUG